GGAUGCAGAAUCAGCUUCCGAAACGCAAACUCUCCACUUUCAUCCGAGUCUACAGCCAAAUGGCAACUUCGAACGUGAAACAAACACUGGGCAAUCUGAACAAGGACUCGUUUGUGUCACUUCUAAAGAAGGUCAUAGGAGAAUCCAAGUUUCUUCAAAACAACCCGCCGGAACUGAUCCCAGAAGAAGACAGGGUGGUGAAGCAUGUACUAGAUUGUCUCCUCCCUUACAGUACGACAACUGGUGGAGGACCUUUGGUUGUUAACCAUGUUACUUAUUUCCCCGGAAGGGGCAAUCUCAUUGUGGAGUAUCCUGGGACUGAGCCUGGCAAGAUCUUAUCUUUUGUUGGGAUGCAUAUGGAUGUUGUUACCGCUAAUCCUAAUGAUUGGGAUUUUGAUCCUUUCUCAUUGAGCAUUGAUGGUGAUAAACUUCGUGGCCGUGGAACUACUGACUGUUUGGGACAUGUUGCCCUUGUAACUGAACUCAUGAGGAAACUUGGGGAGACAAAACCGAAACUAAAAUCAACCGUUGUUGCAGUUUUUAUAGCCAAUGAAGAGAACUCAGCAAUAACUGGAGUUGGUGUUGAUGCACUAGUGAAAGAUGGUCUGCUUGAGAAGCUGAAGGGAGGCCCUCUUUUCUGGAUUGAUACAGCGGAUAAACAACCUUGCAUUGGUACUGGUGGUAUGAUACCCUGGAAACUUCAUGUAACAGGGAAGCUUUUUCACAGUGGUUUAGCACACAAGGCUAUAAAUCCAUUGGAGCUGGGCAUGGAUGCACUUAAAGAAAUCCAGCUUCGUUUUUAUAAAGACUUUCCACCCCAUCCAAAUGAGCAAUUAUAUGGAUUUGCUACACCAUCAACCAUGAAACCCACUCAAUGGAGUUAUCCAGGUGGUGGAAUCAAUCAAAUUCCUGGAGAGUGUACACUAUCAGGAGAUGUCAGGUUAACUCCUUUCUACAAUGUAAAAGAUGUAAUGGAGAAGCUGCAAGAAUAUGUAGAUGACAUAAAUGAGAAUAUAGACAAGCUGGACACACGGGGUCCAGUUUCAAAAUAUAUCCUCCAUGAUGAAAACCUUAGAGGAAGCCUUACAUUGACUUUUGAUGAGGCAAUGUCUGGAGUUGCCUGUGAUCUUGAUUCCCGUGGCUUUCAUGUACUGUGCAAAGCAACUGAAGAGGCAGUUGGUCAUGUGAAGCCUUACUCAAUUACUGGAAGUUUGCCACUCAUUCGGGAGCUGCAAGAUGAAGGUUUCGAUGUUCAAACUGCUGGCUAUGGUUUAAUGGCCACAUACCAUGCCAAGAAUGAGUACUGCCUUCUUUCUGAUAUGUGCCAAGGCUACGACGUGUUUACCAGCAUCAUCUCCCAGUUAGAGAACUAAUGCAAUAAAGUAGAUAUGUGUUACUGAUCCCAAUCGAUACGCAUCAUGAUCAUUCCCCUAUAAAUGAGGCAACACAAUCAUAUGAUAUUCGAGCAGUUUAUAUGAAUAUUACGACGGAAGUGCCCACUGCACACAGCUUAUUUGUCGGCUUGUUUAAUGUGGGUCUUACUCAUUUGGUAUCUAAAAGCAUCCAUUCUUCCAAACUUUGGAUGGGAAUUUGGGGUUUUCUCAAGUCAAGCGCUCCAUUUUAGCUAUG